UUCACGGCCCCCGCUUUUUGCAAAAUCCGGAGCUGGCAGCUAGCCCGGCGACUGUGCGCGCCCUGUACCCGGAGCUGUCAGCUCUCGACUGCGUGGGAUGGUCUGAAGAGGAUGGUGACCCACUUCGCUGAUGCUCUGAGAGCAGAGAGACGCGCCAGCCAGGUGCAAUUAUCGUGCCGUCCAACACCCUCGGCGCCAGUGUAAUGCAAUCACGCCCCCUGCCGACGGUCUCCCAGAACCGGUGUGAGUUGUGCGCCCACCACCCGCCUAACGUGCCCAAACGACAGACUUGCUUCCGACGUAAAAUAAUCAGGUGGGCUGGGUACGCUUAACUUUGGAGUAAAAUUGGUCAUCUGGACGUUGCGCUAGACGUUAUUGCUGUUCAGCCCUUGUGUGGGUGGAAAUCGCCAGUCGAAAUAAUCGUGAAAUGAAUUUUUAAUGCUGGUUUUAGUUGUAACAUGCUAAAAGAAAGAAGAAAAACGUUGUUGCAAUCACAGAUAGUGGCCCUAGAUGUCUAGCGUUUCUGGCUUCGAUCUUGUAGCAUAUCCUGAGUUUGGAUUAGGGUCUUUAAGUAAUAAAGUGUUUUCUUUGCAUUUUCUACUGCUUCCCUGUAAUUAAUUUCGCAUCAAUUCUUUUCAUAAUGCCUGCGCAGUUGGCAUCUCCGUAGUUUUGUCCGAGUGAAUGCUGAUGAAUACCGCUUGUCAAAGUUCAAACUAGCUUAGCGCAGUGAGACAUGAAUAUCUGAUCUGCAUUUUAGAUAGAACUAUAUUUGCGCCGUAUAACUACCAGGUCUUAGCUGAAGUUUUACCUGCGCAACCGGUGUCUGGUUUCUGCACCGUCAGUAGGCGUAUUCUCAUUGGCCUCAAUUCGGCCUCAAGUGGACCCGCGGCCUUAAGCCUAUCGGUGCGUCUCGUACCAACGCAACGUACGACGCAUACACAGGAAGCAAUGAACGAUUUCCAGCAUCUUAUAUUUCGCCGUUAAAAUUUUCAGUGAGUUUGACGGUACCGAUGACCCGUGACAUUUCCAUUGCAUGAUUUAUCGCUCACUUAACCGUUAGCCACGUGUAAACGCGACUUUGCCUGUUCAGUUAUUCAUUUUUCUCGGUCUGGUGGUGACUCGGAGCGAGCUCGGCUCGGCGUGUGUGGUAAGCGGCCGUUGCUAGCUGAAGUAUGACCCGUCCGCCCCCGCCGCGGACCGGAUGGCCAGACCUGGAGCGGACAGCAGCUGCCCUGCGGGACUGUGGGCGGCCGGAGUCCCGCGCGGCUCCCGGCGCCGGGCUGUGUCGCGUUGCCAGGCUGUGGGCGGGCGCCGGCUCCGCUGAGCAGUCUGUCUGCCGUCUGCCCACUCAGACUGUCGGGCGUGGCUGUAACACGCUUAUGGGAGCCGCGAUGGCGUCCGACAGGUGUUGCGCCCACGCGCAUGUCUCGUUUGCUGGCCAAAUUGAACGUCUCUCGUCGUCUGGCGCAGUGCGGGUAUUGGAGCGUGAAUUCAAACGGACGGGUGGGCCGUGGAGUCAGACUGGCGAGGCGUCGAGUCAGACUGGCUGAACAUGAAGUGUGACUCAUGACUUACGGGUGGCUAGUGGAUUGACUACACGCAUGUAAAUGCCUCGAGACGGGGGACGCCAGGACGUCGAUCUAGACUUGCGACAUUCUACGAAAGAAACGUGUCUGUCCACCCCUCACGGCUCACAGACACUUUGUGACAGCACUUGUUCAACCAUUAGCGUUACCAUGCGCUGAGGUCAUGUUUAUUUUGGUGGCUGUUUUAUGUCUCGCCGCGCCACGUGGCGACUGUCGUAUAUGAACCGUCAGGACGGCGCCGGUCGGCGGCCGGCCUGUAGAGGAGGGUGUCUGGGCGUCUGUUCGUCGCCGUCUCCCGGCCCGGCCUGUGCGAGCCCAGUCCGCUCCAGUGUUGAGAACAUCAGAGUCGCUAACCGAAAGCACAAUGGCGGCGCGGUUUUUCGAGGGUACGAACCACGCGGAGCUCUAUGUGCGCUACCGGCCCGCCACGCCUUCCACGCUGGUCCAGCUGGUGUGCGACUACAUCAAAGAGAAGGUGCCCGGCCCGCUGCGGCAGGCCGUGGACGUCGGCUGCGGCUCCGGCCAGGGCACGCAGCUGCUGGCGCCGCACUUUGAGCACGUGCUGGGCACGGACGUCAGCCCGGCACAGGUGGCCAAGGCAGAAGCCGCCCCCGGGGCCGACAACAUCGCGUACAGUGUAUCCCCGGCAGAGGCUAUCGCCCUGUCGUCGGACAGCUGUGACCUGGUGAUGGCCGUCCAGGCGUGCCAUUGGUUCGACAUGAGCACCUUCCUGCCGGAGUCGGGCCGCGUGCUCAGACCGGGCGGCGCCCUGGCUCUGGUCGGCUAUAGACUGCCGGCGCCGGUCUGGCAGGGCCGGGAGAGACAGGAUGUCAGGGAGCUCCUGGCUGAGUCGUACGUGUCGGGUCUGGCCGGCUGGAUCCAGCAGGGCAGCGUGGACACAUACAUCAACGGCUACUCGGACAGCAGGUUCACGUCGCCACUGGAAGACCACAGGAGGGACGAGUCGACCUUUUGUGACCUGGACGGCACGGUCUCCGACAUGGUUGGCUACUGCAGCACUUGGUCGGGGUUCCAGAACAUGGUGGCCGACAAGGGCCAGGAGGCCGGACAAAAGUUCCUGGAUGACAUCCAGAACAGGGUUCUCGCUCUGCUGGGUGACGGUGCCACUCCGGAAAGUCCAAUCGUUAUCCGGUUUCGAUACUUCGUACUUCUGAGCCGAAAACCAGUGGAUACCAAGUAACGAUAGAACGGACAUCGCAACGCGCAGAUGGAAUGGAAUGAAGGCAUGAUUUGUACAAUUUGUGUCCGUUGCCUGACAAAGUUAGGGUAGUUGACACGCCCGAUAUCAUUAUCAGGUUAAAUAUGAAAUUGACAGAUAGUAAGCAUGUGCAUUGCUGACUUAACCAGGUGUGUCCUUACACUUUGCGAUCGAAGGGCAAUGCCGUUACGAAUAGCACGCCCCAUUUUUUGCAUCCUUUUUCUGCUUUUACGCUUUGUAUGCCAGCUCGCCAUGACAUCUCGCCAACUGUCACGGAAGACAAUGAACAAAUAUAACGUGUAUUACAAAAAAAAAACACAAUAAUAAAUAACAAUACACGUCAAAGUGAGAUUGCACAAA